UUUGUAGAAUCUUCAAAAGGCUCCCCAGAGGCAGUUUAUCAAAGUGGCGACAAAGCUUUCGUUGGAGAAAAUGCUACCCUUCUCUGUAUUUUUUCUGGAAACCCUGUUCCAAAAAUAGAAUGGCAGAACAAAAACAGAACCAACAUAACAACAAACCACAAAUACAUUGUCGAUCAGUACGGACGUCAGCUACACAUCAUAAACGUAACUUUUGCUGAUGAGGGUGUCUAUGAAUGUAAAACUAAAACCAACAGCAAUCUAACUCAAAAUCCAUUCCUCAAUGUCACAUCCCCUCCAAUUUUUCCUCAUGUCGGAAAGCGUUUCAUGACAAAAAUACUUCAGAAUUUGACAAAAGAAUCCACUGUUCUCCAUUGCAACGCAAUGUCCGCAACAGCCGAAAUUGAUCCCAUUGUACUCAAAUGGAUGAAAAAUGGAGAGAUCUUGAAUGAAGAUGUUAGAUACCAGCUUUCAAAGGACAAGAAGACUCUUCAUAUUUACAACUUUAAUUCAGACGAUUAUGGUUGUUACACAUGUGUGGUAGAAAAUAGUGAAGGAAUUGCAGUGGCAAAUUUUUUACUCCCUUACGCUUCCUCCGAUAAUCAUCUGUCAACUGGUGUUUUGCGGUCUGUAUUAAUAGCUAUUGCAGCUUUUGUUGGAAUUCUAUUAUUAGGUGUAACAGCCAUAUUCAUAUAUAAAAGAAUUUUCAUUCCUACAAAAAACAAAGAUUUAGCCGUGCGAUUCAAGCUCCACAGAACCAGCAAUCUGUACUUGCAACACGACUCUACUGGUCCUAUAACUGAGGAACCUGAAUAUUCAUAUGUUGAAAUUCAAACUGAACGGACAGAUAUUGAUAGUGUGGAAAAUAAGACACAAAUUCAGGACGUAGACGUUUGUACAGAAAAUAACUACAGUAUUUUGGGAAAGUGCAGCACUUCGCCGUUGGACUUUACUGAAUCUAACCUUUAUGAUCAUUCAGAAAAUGUCAGUGGAAUAUACAGUAGAACAUAUAAAAGACGAGAUGAUAAUCAAAUGAUUGAUAGUGAAUGAUGUAUUCCAUAUGGAGAAUCAGUCUUUAUUUCUAUGUGUUUAUGGAAAAUGAUUAUCGAAAAUAUCUUAUGCAGAAUAUAAGUUGCAGGGUCAUAAAAUGUUUAACAAGAAUUAUGGGAAGUACUA